AUUCUAUACGCGCCGCUUGACAGUGAUCUACCCUAUUCCGACGUGGGGAUUGGGGAACUAGAAGCAUGGAGGCUGUGUGAACCAUUUGAAAGCCGUUGGGGCUUUGGCUUUCAUAGCUCGUGCUGGAGAUUGCUUCUCCUCAGGCUCAGUCAUGGGCAGGAUAAUAUCGCCAUUGUAGAAUCGGUCUUCUACCAGCUCUAUUGCACACCUUGUCUUGAAUACUCCAGUUUCCAUUUUGGCCACGACUAUGAGGGCGCCGCGCAAACACACAAAUCGAUCGGGCGGCCAAAGAUGGAUCCGAGCUCACUCUUCUACGCUGACCCCUGUACGAUUCCUUCCGCAAAGGAAUUGGAACAGCAUGCUUCUGACAUCCACCAGGCACAUGACGUUUCGCUAUGAAAAGGGCGAAAAUGGUGCUCAACUUGCUCAACCCAAUGAUGACCAGCAUCCACGUUCAUCUCUUGAAGACACCUGGGUAUCACAAUAUAGCUUCCGAGAGAUGGAUAGAGAUAUCAUCCACCUCCCACGUGAAAUCUCUUUCUGUGGCAUUUUGCUCGGAAGGGCUGACGGGGAUCAGGUUUAAAUUCACAAAUUCGGAUUCAUCGGACUGGGUUGGUGAUAGUAGUAGCCCAGGUAUUGCUCAAGGAACCCUUAAUGUUCCGGGGAGGUUAAAUUGGUAUUACCUGCUUGCAGGUUUAGAUCGAUUCAAGAUCGUCUCACUCGGCCUGGGCAAAUUGCCCGAUCACCCUGACGCUUCUCUGAAGCUUUCCUCUCAGGGCGCAAUGGAUCUCUCGUGUGUACAGUUCAAAUUAUGGACACCGUAUGCCCCAGGGUACGAAGAUUUGAGAAUAAGCACCCUCCUACCAUCUCUGUCUGACUGGGCUUUUGAACCACUGAUUAAUAUUGACUUCGGUGGUCCAAGGGGUCUGCUUCUUGGGUCUUUGACAAGGCUUGUGUUCCACAUGGCAUCAUAUCCUUACCCACUCGUCGGAAUAGAGACAUCCUACUCUGAUGGGAGGACUGUUCUUUUCGGCUCUAAUGGUGGCUGCGAGAUAUCCUUUUCUAUCGACGGCUCGAAAGGGGAGCGUAUCAACCGAAUAGAUGCUCUAGAAGGCAAUAGGAGAUACUACGCAUAUAUCGGUCUCGCUGGCUUGCAGAUCUCAACAAACUACGGACGAACUGCCACUUUCGCUCCUUUUUGCCUUCGACUCAACGCAGCGGUUCAGACAAUACCAAUUUCGCCGCCCAGCAACAAUACCAGAAGAUCCAGAAGUAUUCAGUCCCAACAAUGUGACGAACAGCCUAUGACACCGGAUACCCUGGAUUUUGAAUGUCAUCAAACAUCCGAAGAUCAGCUGCGAUACGCCGAAAGAUUCUCUCAUUUCAUAGACAGUUUAAAUCCCGACGAGGAAGUCAGAUCGUUGACUAUCUGGCUCACUCCAACGGGCUUCUCUACUGAGUGCCGGGGAAUGGAAAUAGGUCAAGUCGCAGCCAUACACAUUGAGACGACACUUGCUCGUAAUGUGACAUCUCGCUCUCCGGAGUCUCACUCCCUUCCGCCGCGAAAGCUGCACGACCAGUACCAGAGUGACUCUGACGAGAAACUGACAGCUAUCUCCUGGAUAUUGACUUCACUAUCUGAUCGCAUCCGGGCAGUCGUUUCUACGAAACAAAACCGGAGAGCUCGGAUAUUGGUCCCGGAACAAGAGCCUCCUUUUGACCAGCUACAAAAUAUUUACUUUGAAAGGCAGGAUGAUGACGGCUGCAGAGAGACGAUAGUCACAGCCGAGGCUUACUUCCGAGACGGGGCGAUUAUCGGACUUGCGUUCGUCUAUACAUCUGGUACAAGAGCGAGGGUGGGUGAUUUCGACACCGAGACAUGUCAGACAGUUCAUUUUGAGCGGGAAGAUCGGAUUGUUGGAUUGUCGGUUGUGGCAACAGACCGCAGGCUUAUGGAAAUCGAGUUCGAGGUUGAAGUGAAUGAGCUGUCUCAGUACAAGAAACUUAAACUGUUCAUCAGUUCGCCCCAUAGACCGGCCACUACCACCGGAUACGACUGGCGAAAUUUAUGGUGUAAGGAUGAGACGUCCGCAGAAAGCUACCAGCCGCUCUCAAUAGGAGACCGGGUAUACACACCCCCGAGCAAGUCGAGGCUAGUUGGGAUAUAUGUGGGCUGUCAGGAGUUCUACCGUGUUGGAGCAAUAUACGAGCCUGAUUCUCAAUAAUUAGAUAGCUGAAGUGAUAUCCACCAAGAUCAAGCUGUUAUCUGUUAACCUUUUAGCGCCUAUCAACCCCGGUCGAAAGCAACAAGCUUAUGCCUCUGCUUGCAUGCAUCCCUGCAGACUGGCGGGAUGCCC